AUCGACUCAGAACACCUCUAGAAUGCUUUAAAAUUGGGGUUUUAAUCUAAUCCAUUUACACUUUUUUUUUUGGUUUAUUAAGGUAGUACAAGUUAAUAAACCCUACACAAAUUAAUAAUGAUUCCACGAAACAUUCACCAAAGUUUCAUCUUUCAUCUUUCAUUGCGUAAUUGUGGUGGUCGGAGUUCAGAACUACCCAAAAAUCUGCGACUGAUUUGAUGCUUUCUUAGCAUUGGGAAUGAUUACAGGAUGAUCGCAUUAUGCAGAGUUUAUGGUUGAGAAAGCAAGGAAGCCUAAAUGUGUAACCGAAAAUUGUUGAUAAAUGAAAGAGAUCAGUGGAUUCUGAUGUUGUCACUGAAUGAUUAAUCUCGAAAUCAGUCUCUACAAGUGUCAUAUACUGGGAAAGAAGAAGUUACAGGCAGGCAAACCUUAUGGAAAUUAAGACAGUAGUGACACGAAUGGAGUUUGAUCAUUAGUUAACUUGUUAUCAGCCUCUUCAAAUUUCACAUUUAGGGAUACCGAGCUGGGACGUGGACAACAGCGCCUUGUUAUACACAAAUAGUCUCCUAGUGGGUUCACAAUGGAACUUUCUGAUCUAAGUAAUGGUAGCAAAAUUCUAGAUGAUGUCCUGCAUCGUCGGCUGAAAAACAGAGAACGACAACGUAGAUACAGGGAACGUAAACGUUUAAAAGUUGAUUCUACCCAUGCUCAUGUAACUAACCAGGAAUCCAAUAUGCAACUUAUACCACUGCUAACAAAUGUGACCGUGGAACAAGUUGUAACACGAAUCCAUUGCAGACGAGAUUGGAAAAAGGAUGCAAGGAGGGCACAUGCUACCAAUGAACCCAUAUGCAAUGUGCAACCUUCUAGUGGUCAGUCGUUGGCCAGUGAAGAUCACACGCCCCAUGUUCCUUCAGGAACUCAGGAAGCUGAACAGACUUGGAAAAGUGAAGCUUCGUUUGUAAGUAACGUUUACCUAAAUGAAGGCGAGAAGGUUAGAAUUAAACGCGGGAGAAGAGACUGGAAGGCAGAGGCUAGAAACAAGAAAUAGAUUUAUUUCUGCAGUGAGUCUAUUUUUCCACCUGCUUGGUAAUGUCUACUUGGAAUUGGAGCUGUGCAAAUCAGGUUAGCAUUGGUUAAUUGGAAAUACUUGUUGAAAUUGAACUGGAAAAGUUUACAUCGAUGAAAGACAAGAUCUCUUUUUUAUAUGUAGGAGACACGUAUAAACAUUUUACCAGAAUUAGUUUAAUGACAUGUGGUUUUGUACCGGUGUUUAUAUGUAUUGUAGACUAAAUUCAUUUUCUGAGGAUUUUAACCUGAGGUCACUUUGACAUUUAUACGUAUGAUGAAUAUGUAAAAGUUCAUUGAUGCCUUGGAGGGAAUAUUGUGUUCGUGUCUGAAUUUUUGGAGGUUGAUGGUGAAGAAGAGUGGUAAAGAACUUUUAUUCUGGUGUGGAAAUAUGAAACCCUAGAAGAUUUCUGAAAGAGCUGUAAAGUUACCUAUAUUCUAGGAGGAGUGCUGAAAGAAUAGAAAUUUUGAUUAUUAGAAUAUAUGGAAUAGAAUAUAUUCUAGGAGGUUGAUAGUGAAUUUUUGUUCAAGAAUGAAAUCUUAGCGGAAUUGUCCAUAUCCGAUUCAUCCUUCGGAACUAUAUCACAUUCCGGAUUUGAUGAAGUAGGAUGAAUUGAGACGGUACUUUGUAAAUAUUACUAGUCAACAAUUUGAACUACAUAUAGCAAGCUCCCAUGGCUGCUCUAGCUUGAAGUGGGAGAUGCACAACUCUUACCAAAGAGAAUACAUUAGUCUUAUUGAUCAUCAA